UUGCUCCUUCCUUUUCCGUCCCUACCUUUGCUCGACGUCGAUAAUUCCUUCCUCCCUCUCCCCUUCUGCGUUUUGGUACGAGCCAAGGGAGAGGGGCGGAGGGAGGAAAGGGAAGAGGAAGCAGACAGGUCUUAAAGGGGACGCAACUAUUUUUUCUAGCUUUUUUUUCCUCUCUCCAAUUUUGCAACGACUGGCCCGGAGGACGAGGUUCCCGGAAGCCCCGCGCAUCUGGAGCAGCAGUGACCGCAGCUGGAGGCGGGAGCGUCUGCGGGGCGGGCGGAGGCUAGGGGGCUGCGGGUCAGAAGGGCGGGCUGCGCGCGCCCCCUGCGCCCGGCUCGCCUCGGGGCCGGCCCGUGCUCCCGACUGCUGCGGGCUUCAGCAUCUGGUGCCGGGUGAGGGCGGCGGGGUCCAGGGCGCAAGUGACUCGGUUUAUGCGCUGGGCCGGAGGCUGAGGCCGCGACAGCGCUGGCAUCUCCAGAGCGGGCCCGGGGCGGCAAGGGGGGCGCCGGGAUGUCAGACGAAAAUAUCUUCUUGUUCGUGCCCAAUCUCAUCGGUUAUGCCCGGAUUAUCUUCGCCAUCAUUUCUUUCUACUUCAUGCCCUGCUGCCCCCUCACGGCCUCUUCCUUCUACCUGCUCAGCGGCCUGCUGGACGCUUUCGAUGGACACGCUGCUCGCGCUCUUAAUCAAGGAACCCGGUUUGGGGCCAUGCUGGACAUGUUGACGGACCGCUGCUCCACCAUGUGCCUGUUGGUCAACCUGGCCCUGCUGUACCCUCGAGCCACGCUGUUCUUCCAGCUCAGCAUGAGUUUGGAUGUGGCCAGUCACUGGCUGCACCUUCACAGUUCUGUGGUCCGAGGCAGUGAGAGUCACAAGAUGAUCGACCUGUCUGGGAAUCCAGUGCUUCGGAUCUACUACACCUCAAGGCCUGUCCUGUUCACCUUGUGUGCUGGGAAUGAGCUCUUCUACUGCCUCCUCUACCUGCUCCAUUUCUCUGAGGGACCUUUAGUUGGCUCCGUGGGGCUGUUCCGGAUGGGCCUCUGGGUCACUGCCCCCAUCGCCUUGCUGAAGUCACUCAUCAGCGUCAUCCACCUGGUCACAGCUGCCCGCAACAUGGCUGCCCUGGACGCAGCAGACCGUGCCAAGAAGAAGUGACGCUGGAGCCCCCAGUCCUGGCUGCCCACCUGCCCUGGGAGUCGUCGCUGUGCCACACGACUCCCCACCCCCGGCUAGGAGGUCCCAGUCUCACGCCUUCCUCAUGUGUUGUCCUACCUGCUGGGAUGGGGGUCAGCCUCUCUUUAGUGACGUCAUGUACUCUGGGAUCCUGAGGACCGGGCCCACCCCUGGGAUCCCCAGGGAGCCGGGCCUCAAAUCAGGGAGGAUACGCAGGAGGCCCCAUCCGUAUAGGCGGUGCUCCUGGGGUGCCAGGGCCAGGUACUGUCACACCCUGCUGGCUUAGCCCUGGAGUUUGAGAUGCUAGGGACGCUUGAGUGAGGGAGAUGGUGUGGGGGCUGGGUUUCCCAAAAGCAGGGGAAUCAGACCUCUGCCCCCAGCCAGAGCAAGCCUGGGGCACCGUGCUCAGGAGGGAAGAUUCCGUCCACAGCCUUCCCCUUCGUUGGCGCCUCUGUCCUGCCUACCCUGGUCCUGGAAGCCUUGAUUAUAAAGGCAGGAACUUCACUAUUUGACUUGCUUUCCUUUCAGACAUUCUUGGCUCAGGGCCUGGGUUGAGGGAGCUUCAGGAAGGACGUCCAUCUGGGUGCUUUUCCUCCAAUUUGCUGGCUGGCUUCUCCAUCUGUCCACAGUGACCUCAGAGAGAGGCCACUCACGCUCAUGCGGUGUCCCCACCGCCCACUUGUUUCAUGUCACUGUCCACAUGUAUUUAUAUUCUUGAUAUUUUCUACCCUCACUAGAAUGUAAACUCCAUGAAGGCACAGACUUUUCUCAUUCCCUUCUCUGUCUCUAGAAUAAGACCAACCUGAACCUGGCAUAUAGUAGCUGCUUAAUAAAUAUUCAUCUGUCAAUUA